GUCUUUCAACCCUAGUGGAUCAUGAUCUACCAACUCUGUCCUCCUUGUGUCCCUAUGAUAUUUUUCUUAGAGAAGAAAAUCAGGAAAAAAAAAAAAAAAAGGCUGAAGGGAAGAGAUGGGUUUCCUAUGCAGAUGUCUUCAAGACAUUGUCUAGCUUUGGCUAACAAUUUUUUAUCAACUAUAUUUAUCUUAUAGUGCAGGAGUUCAGUAAGCGGGUCCUUUUGCAGCUGUAGAUACUAAUGAAGUCAAUGAGCAGAGCGGAAUGUCUUUCAGUCAGCUGUAUGAGGGAAGCAAAAUAUAUGUAUGCAUAUAUAUUUUUUUGGAUCAAUAGUAUCCUAUUGUCCUGUUUAGGCCGUCUUAGAUUCCAAUAUGAGAACGCCAUGAAAUAGAAUAAACAUUUCAUGACUAUAUAUGACUAUAUAUCAUUUUGUUACAGACAAAUUUUUGGAUCACUUCAUUUAUAUCUUUCAAUUCUCUAAUAAAUGCCCAUUUCUGUCACUACCAUGCCCUUCUUGAAACCAUCUUCACCUACAUAAACCAUGCCCUCCAAAUCAACCCAUCAAGAAUUUGCAUAUGCUUAUCACCUCACAAAUAUAGCUAGAGAAACAAGCUUUUCAAGAUUUUAUAUGCUUUUAGUCCUCUUAAGUUUGCAUAGCACCUUAAGUUUUAUGGUUUAGUAAAGUUUAUAAUUUGGAGCUUUCCUUUGGAGUUCAGUUCUUGUAAUAACUAGAUACAAGUCAUCAUCAUGGCUGCUUCUUUGAGUCCUUUCCCUGGAGAUGAGCUUGCAAGGUCAGUUAGAGAUGAGCUUGCAAGGUCAAUGAGGUCGUUAAGCAACCGGUCAAUGAGCAGGAGUUUAUCAUCAGCAAGUAAAAGAAGUUGGGCCUCAGCUAGUAUUCGUGAGGUGUGGAGCAAUCAAGGAGAUGUAUUUCGAAAGAGUCAGAGAGAGGAUGAUGAGGAAGAGCUGAAAUGGGCUGCAAUAGAGAGAUUGCCAACGUAUGAUCGAUUGAGGAAGGGGAUACUGAAGCAGGUUUUGGAUAAUGGAAGAAUUGAUUAUGAAGAGAUUGAUGUUACCGAUCUUGGUAUGCAAGAUAAGAAGCAAAUCAUGGAGAGUAUACUUCAAGUGGUUGAAGAGGAUAAUGAGAGGUUUCUUCUUAGGCUCAGGGAAAGAACAGAUAGGGUGGGAAUUGAGAUUCCUAAGAUUGAAGUCCGGUUCGAGCAUUUGUCUAUAGAAGGAGAUGCAUAUGUAGGAACCAGAGCUCUUCCAACCCUGGCGAAUGCUGCUAUGAACACAAUAGAGGGAAUUCUUGGAUCACUUAGAAUUGUCCCAUCUAAGAAGAGAGUUGUCAAGAUACUUCAUUCCGUUAGUGGAAUAGUAAAACCAUCAAGAAUGACACUGCUUCUUGGACCUCCAGCAUCUGGCAAAACUACAUUGCUGCAGGCACUUGCUGGAAAGAUGAACAAGGAUCUAAGGGUAUUGGGAAGAGUCACUUAUUGUGGUCAUGAAUUGCAUGAGUUUGUUCCCCAAAGAACAUGUGCAUAUAUAAGCCAACAUGAUCUUCACCACGGUGAGAUGACAGUAAGAGAGACGCUGGACUUUUCAGGGCGAUGCUUGGGAGUUGGAACUAGAUAUGAAAUGUUGGCAGAGUUGUCAAGAAGAGAAAAAGAAGCAGGAAUAAAACCAGAUCCUGAGAUAGAUGCAUUCAUGAAAGCCACAGCAAUUGCAGGCCAAGAAGGCAGUCUAGUUACCGAUUAUAUUCUCAAGAUCCUUGGAUUAGACAUCUGUGCUGAUAUUAUGGUGGGUGAUGAGAUGAGAAGAGGGAUAUCUGGCGGACAAAAGAAGCGAGUCACUACAGGAGAGAUGUUGGUUGGACCAGCAAAAGCUCUUUUCAUGGAUGAAAUAUCAACUGGUCUAGACAGUUCAACCACUUACCAGAUUGUCAGGUUUAUGCGGCAAAUGGUUCACAUAAUGGAUGUGACCAUGAUAAUAUCUCUUCUGCAACCUGCACCUGAAACAUAUGAACUCUUCGAUGACAUUAUCUUACUCUCAGAGGGUCAGAUCGUGUACCAAGGUCCACGAGAGAAUGUCCUUGAAUUCUUUGAAAGUGUUGGCUUCAAAUGCCCAGAAAGGAAAGGAGUUGCAGAUUUCUUGCAAGAGGUGACUUCCAAGAAAGACCAAGAGCAGUAUUGGUGCAGAAAGGAGCAACCUUACAGAUAUAUCUCAGUUCCUGAAUUUGUGGAAAGCUUUGGUUCUUUCCACAUUGGUCAAAAGCUCUCUGAAGACCUUAGAAUUCCUUACAAUAAAGCUAUUACUCAUCCAGCUGCACUGGAGAAAGAAAAGUAUGGAAUCUCCAAUUGGGAGCUCUUCAAAGCAUGCUUUGCAAGAGAGUGGCUGUUGAUGAAGCGCAACUCUUUUGUUUAUAUAUUCAAGACAACCCAGAUUACGAUCAUGUCAAUAAUUGCCAUGACAGUGUUUUUAAGAACUGAGAUGAAAGUUGGUGAGGUACAAGAUGGAGGAAAAUACUAUGGAGCAUUGUUCUUUAGUCUCAUUAAUGUUAUGUUCAAUGGAAUGGCAGAAAUGGCAAUGACUAUGUUUAGGCUUCCUGUAUUUUUUAAGCAGAGGGAUUUCUUGUUCUAUCCAGCAUGGGCUUUUGCAUUACCAAUUUGGGUGCUGAGGAUCCCAGUCUCCUUAAUGGAGUCAGGGAUAUGGAUAAUUCUCACAUAUUACACCAUUGGAUUUGCUCCUGCUGCCAGUAGGUUUUUCAAACAAUUCCUAGCAUUCUUUAGUGUGCAUCAGAUGGCUCUAUCACUCUUCCGUUUCAUUGCUUCAAUUGGAAGAACAGAAGUUGUGGCAAACACACUUGGUACCUUUACAUUGCUUGUGGUUUUUGUCCUUGGUGGAUUCAUCGUUGCCAAAGAUGAUAUUGAACCAUGGAUGAUCUGGGGCUACUAUAUUUCUCCCAUGAUGUACGGACAGAAUGCCAUAGCCAUCAAUGAAUUUCUUGAUGAAAGAUGGAGUGCUCCCAAUCAAGGCCGAACAUAUUCUGAACCUACAGUUGGAAAAUUUCUUCUGAAAAUGAGAGGCAUGUUCUUGGAAGAAUAUUGGUAUUGGAUUUCAGUUGGGGCACUUGUCGGAUUUUCUCUACUUUUCAACGUUCUUUUCGUAUGGGCGUUGACAUAUUUGGAUCCUUUGGGAGAUACUAAAUCCAUUCUUCUAGAUGAUGACGCGAGCAAGAAGAAGUCAUCCUCUAAUGGGCAGCAAACAAAAUCCACUGAAAUGGUUUCAUUAUCAACUGCCCCACUGUGUCAAGGUACUGAUAUGGCAGUGGGCAACACUCCUGACAGGCCAGCCGUUACUUCAACGGGGCAUGCACCUACGAAAAGAGGAAUGGUGCUGCCCUUCCAGCCCUUGUCACUAGCAUUUAAUCAUGUGAAUUACUAUGUUGAUAUGCCUGCUGAAAUGAAAAACCAAGGAAUUGAAGAGGAUCGGCUCCAGCUGUUACGAGAUGUUAGUGGAGCUUUAAGGCCUGGUAUUCUGACAGCACUGGUUGGUGUAAGUGGUGCAGGGAAGACUACCCUGAUGGAUGUUCUAGCAGGAAGGAAAACUGGAGGCUACAUUGAAGGAAGUGUCAGCAUUUCUGGUUAUCCAAAGAAGCAAGAAACUUUUGCUCGGAUUAGUGGUUAUUGUGAGCAGAAUGAUAUCCAUUCUCCACAUGUUACUGUCUAUGAAUCCCUCCUGUACUCUGCCUGGUUGCGUCUUGCUAAGGAAAUUAAGACUGAAACUAGAAAGAUGUUUGUUGAGGAGGUGAUGGAGUUGGUUGAACUGAAACCACUUAGGAAUUCAAUAGUAGGCCUUCCGGGGAUGGAUGGUUUGUCAACUGAGCAGAGAAAGCGACUCACAAUAGCUGUAGAGUUGGUUGCUAAUCCAUCCAUCAUCUUCAUGGAUGAACCGACAUCUGGUCUUGAUGCUAGAGCUGCCGCAAUUGUUAUGCGUACAGUGAGGAACACCGUCGAUACAGGCCGAACUGUAGUCUGUACAAUUCACCAACCAAGCAUUGAUAUUUUUGAAGCUUUUGAUGAGCUAUUACUAAUGAAGAGAGGAGGACAAGUCAUUUAUGCUGGACCCCUUGGUCGCCACUCGCACAAACUUAUUGAAUACUUUGAAGCUGUCCCAGGGGUUCCUAAGAUCAAAGAUGGUUCUAAUCCUGCUACAUGGAUGCUGGAAAUCAGUUCUAAUGCAGUUGAGACUCAACUUAAUGUAGACUUCGCAGAAAUUUAUGCCAAUUCUGAGCUUUACCAGAGGAAUCAGGAACUUAUCGAAGAACUAAGUAUUCCAGCACCAGGAUCUGAAGAUCUUUAUUUCCCCACUCAGUAUUCUCAGGACUUCUUUACUCAAUGCAAAGCUUGCUUCCUAAAACAGCACUGGUCUUACUGGAAGAACCCACGAUACAAUGCCAUCCGAUUGUUCAUGACAAUAGCAGUUGGUGUCAUAUUUGGACUUAUUUUCUGGAACAAAGGCGACAAGACACAAAAGCAACAAGAUCUUCUGAAUUUGCUGGGAGCAAUGUAUUCUGCUGUGAUGUUCCUUGGAGCCACCAACACAUCCUCAGUGAUGUCUAUUGUGUCAGUAGAAAGAACAGUUUUCUACCGUGAAAGAGCAGCCGGAAUGUACUCAGAACUGCCUUAUGCAUUUGCUCAGGUUGCUAUAGAGUCAAUAUAUGUUGCAUCCCAGACAUUAAUCUACAGUUUAUUGCUUUACUCAAUGAUUGGGUUCCCUUGGAAAGCUGAAAACUUCUUGUGGUUCUACUUCUUCAUAUUCAUGUGCUUUAUGUACUUCACAUUGUAUGGAAUGAUGCUUGUGGCUCUCACUCCAGGUCAUCAAAUUGCUGCCAUUGUUAUGUCUUUCUUCCUCAGCUUCUGGAACCUGUUCUCUGGCUUCCUCAUCCCGAGGACGCAAAUACCAAUAUGGUGGAGAUGGUACUACUGGGCAUCACCAACUGCUUGGACAAUAUAUGGUCUGAUCACCUCCCAGGUGGGAAAGCUAUCACAUGAUUUAGUUAUACCAGGGGAUACAUUAAUGCCAGUGAAUGAUUACCUGAAGAUAGCCUUUGGAUUUGAGUAUGACUUCCUUGGAGCAGUUGCAGCUGCCCAUAUUGGUUUUGUUCUCCUUUUCUUGUUUGUCUUUGCUUAUGGAAUCAAGUUCCUCAACUUCCAGAGAAGAUAGUUCUGAGAAACCCAGAUUGAAAAGAAAAGGAAAGAAAAUUAACCAUUUUUUUUUUCGUUUGGAAGUCAGCAAGUUCGGAUUAAAUUCAGUUGAUGAUUAGUGGGGCUUGCAUGCCUUGCCUUUUUUACUAUCAACUUGUAUUAUUUUUUCUUUCUCCAUUUCGAUGUUCUUUAAUCCAUUUAACAGUUCUUUUUUUUUAUUUAAUUUAAAGCCUUAGAUAGGAAAAAUUAUACAAUGAUACAACGAUUUUAUUGUAACUAUUAAUUAUGGUGAGUUUCACUAUAAUCA